AAAAAAAAAGAAACGAGGAGAACAGAAAAUCAUGCCCAGCAGCAUCCCCGGCCUCUCAACCAAACUAACCCCCAUCUACCCCUCCUCUUCUUCAGCACCCCAAGGAGAUGAAGAAGAAGAAGAAUCCCCCACCACACAAUCCCUCAUCUCUUCGCUCCACCUCCAAAAACACAUCGAAGGCGGCUACUUUGCCGAACUAGAUCGAAACCCUCUACUUAUUCCGAACCCGUUCUUGCAGCCUAACAGCGGAGACGCACAAGGAAAAGACGAGGUAAAACGGACGGCAGAGAAACCAGCAUCAGGCGAUGACACGGUGAGAAAUGCAAGUACGAGUAUUUAUUACAUGCUCUCAAAGGCGCAGCCCAUGGGCAAGUUUCAUAGGAAUAAGGGGAGGACGGUUCACACGCUCAUUUCGGGACGCGGUCGCUACGUUCUCAUCCACGCUGAUGAACCGGGCGCGCAGAAGCGUGUGGAGAGUUUUGUGGUAGGUAUGGAUUUUGCGGCGGGGGAAAGGAGUGUGUGGGUUGUUGAGGGGGGGAAGUAUAAGGCUAGUUUUUUGGAAGAGGGCGCCGAGGGGGAGAGGUUGUUGAUUAGUGAGACUGUCAUCCCAGGUUUCGAGUAUUCGGACCAUGAUUUCUUGACGCUGGAAGGGUUCAGGAAGAUUGUUACUCCAGAACAGGCAGAGGAGCUGGAGUGGUUGGUACGGAAAUCGUGAAGGAAAAGACCUGAAAAAUGACAUCGUAUUGAAUACAAAAGCACAAAACUAGAAAAAAAAA